GAAUUAUUUAUCCCUCCGAUAAGUAUUCUAAUUUUAGCUCAUUCGCCGCUUGUUAAUGCUCAAGUAAAGCCCACAAACGAGAAAACAGAGCUUGGCGAUCCGGUUCCGGCAGGAGGCUUGCGAUCAACGCCUUGAUGCCCCUGUACGCAGUUAAGGAGAAUGACUGAAAAACUCCAAGACUGGGGAGAUUUUGUAAACCGUUACACGGCACAUUCAUCGCGGCAUUCAAGCCCGGAAAGAGAGGUAGACUUUGGAGAUAUGAGGCUCACUCCUUCGCCAAUCUCACCUGUGUUUAGUACAGCUGAUAAGCAGUUCUGUAGACGAGAUAACAUCGAUCAGUGUAUCGCCUAUUUGAACCAGGAACUGAGUGUUCUUGGCUUUUCCUCACUAUUUACACCUUCUCGCAAUGGACAUGGACCUCCAGAUACAUUUGAUAUUGUAAAAUUGGUAAACAGCACCUAUGAACUCUUGCAACAGCAACAAAGAAAUAUAAAACAACUAACAGAUCUUGAGCAGAAGAUUCUUCGAUCUGAGUGUGAUAAUGAGCACCUUGUACAGACGCAGAAAAGGCUUAAGGAGCAGCUAGAGUCAGCCCAGAGAGAGAUUGCUGUCAGAAAUGAGAGAGAAAGACAACUUCAAGGAAAACUUGUAAAGGCAAAAGAAGAUCUUAAAUCAGAGAGAGAGGAAUUAAAGAAAACCAGAGCCAAUUCACUUCACUUGCAAAAACAGUUUGACCAUGAGACAAGAAAAAAAGAAAGAGAACUAAGUAAACUCAAGGAAAGGAUUCAUCAACUCCUUACAGACAAAAACCAGGAAAAGAAAGUUGGCUUGGACAUCUUAAAUUUAAUAAACAGACCUGCUGGAGCACAACGUGCAAUGUGGAAGACUGGAUCUGCAAAAAAUGAGGAAGAAAUGUAUAGAAUGCUCAUCACAAAUUAUGAAGAAAGAGAAAAGGAACUCAUGGUGGAAAAUAAUGAUAUGAGGGAAACCCUUAAAAGCAUGCAGGCUGAGUUAAUAAAAUUGCUGAAUCAGCAGAAUGAAGAUUAUGAAAGCAACACAGAGGUUGGUGAAAUCAGUGAGUCAGGAUCAGUUGAGGAAUUAUCAACAGGACAUUUCAAUAUGCCAUAUGACAUGGUUAGAGAGGGAAUUGAAAGUAGUUUAAGAGAAAAAUGGAGAUUGCUGAAGUCAAGGUUAGAGGAAGCAAACAAAGGCUCUUCAAAUGAACCCUCUUCCCCUAAAGCAGAGGAAAUUUCAAGGUUGGAAAGGCAGUUGGAGAAUUACAGACAUGUUGUGGAACAACAGGAACAACUUAUAGAAUCCUUGCAGUCAAAGGUUGAUUCUCCCUCAAAAGAUUCAACUCUUUUGGUUGACUCACAGUUGUAUGAGGAACAAGAAAAAUUUGAAUCUGACAAGCAGUUCUUUGCUGAGCGAAGAGUAGCGUUAGAGAAUGAGAGGAAACAGCUGACAGAUGCUGCUGUAAAACUUGUGCAUGAGAGAAAGAAGUUUGAAGAGGAACGAGCUUCAUUUUACAAGCAACAGCUUUUGACCC